GCAUGUCACCAAACUAUCCCCCUCUGCCAGCAAAGAUAUCAGUUCAGCGGGCCUCAGGCUCCUCCGCUGGGGCGAACUGGGCUGAGCAGCGCGAUUCAGCCUUUGCAGGAAGCUUGAGCCCUGCGAGCCUCCGUAUACUAGGAACUGCGUGUGUGUGCAGCGUCUGUCUGCCACGCUACGGGAUCGCGGAAUAGCCAAUUCCUGCCGCUCGGUCGCUGUCUCUGCGUUGCGCUGGGCUCGGGGAACGGAGCAGGCAGCCAUGCCUCGCUUCGCUCAGCUGGUCAUGGGUCCGGCGGGCAGUGGGAAGAGCACUUACUGUUCCACCAUGGUCCAGCAUUGUGCAGCCAUAAACCGCUCUGUGCAAGUUGUUAACCUAGACCCUGCAGCAGAAUUCUUCAAUUAUCCUCUGAUGGCUGACAUUCGAGAAUUAAUUGAAGUGGAUGAUGUUAUGGAAGAUGACUCCUUAAGGUUUGGCCCCAAUGGUGGUUUAGUAUUUUGCAUGGAAUACUUUGCCAAUAACUUUGACUGGCUUGAGGAUUGUCUUGGCCAUGUGGAGGAUGACUACAUACUCUUUGAUUGUCCAGGUCAGAUUGAACUCUAUACUCAUUUGCCAGUGAUGAAACAGCUGGUGGAGCAGCUACAGCAGUGGGAAUUCCGUGUCUGUGGAGUUUUUCUUGUUGAUUCUCAGUUUAUGGUGGAAUCUUUUAAGUUUAUUUCUGGUGUCUUGGCAGCCCUCAGUGCAAUGAUAUCGUUAGAGAUUCCACAGAUCAACAUCAUGACCAAAAUGGAUUUGUUGAGCAAGAAAGCUAAAACGGAAAUUGAAAAAUAUUUAGAUCCUGAUACGUAUUCUGUGAUCGAAGAUUCUGCAAAUAUACUAAAAAGCACAAUGUUUAAGAAACUGACUAAAGCUAUAUGUGGAUUGAUUGAUGACUACAGCAUGGUUCGAUUUUUACCUUAUGAUCACUCUGAUGAGGAAAGCAUAAAUAUUGUGCUGCAGCACAUAGACUUUGCCAUUCAGUACGGGGAAGACCUAGAAUUUAAAGAACCAAAGGAAAAUGAAGAAGAUAAACCUGCUACCUUAGAUGAAUAUUUUCAAGACCAAGUGGAUGAGUAAAGGGUGUAUAUGCCAAAAGAAGAGAGAAAAUAGCCUGGUUGUAAAAUAUGCCUAAUUAAGGAAUCCUUCUCUGAAUAUUUGUGUGUUUUGUUUUUUUUUUUUAAAUAUCAAAACUAAAACUUGAAUAAAUGGAUAGAGGAAGCCAGUCAUGCAUUUCCACAUUAUUACUUUAAGAAAUAAUUGUCAUUAUUGUAUAUAAAAUACUUAGCCACAGUCACAAUAAGUUAAAUUCCAUGCAGAUAAUUACAUUUCUUCUUUAAAUGCUAGAUUGCUUGAAAAAUCUGGUGGUUGUAGAGGGGCACUGUCAAAAUAAAAAUCAUAUAUAUUUUUUUCUUCCCCCGUUACUAGUAGCUUAUUAGUAGGGAGAAAGUUUUAAAAAAAUCUAGUUUAUUUACCAUUUAUGCUGUUGGUUCAUAUUUUGCAUUUCAUUCAUCUUAGACAACUAAAGGUGGAGUAGUCGUUUUCACUUUCUGGUUAGUUGUGUAUUAAUUUAGUGUUGUUGGGUUUUGGUUCCCAGCACUGCAGAAAAAUGUUUAAAUGCCCCCAAUAACAUGUUUUUGUAAACCUCAUGAAAAUGUUGUGAUUGAUAUAUCAGUCACCAAAUUCAUACCUGUUAUAAAUUGAUGUAGCUCUCUUGAAGUCAAAGCAAUUGUACCUGGUUAUACCACGUAUGAAUUUGGUCCAUUAGGUUUUUGUUAAUCUGCUCACCAAUUAUUUAAUUUCAUUUUAAACAACCUACAUCAUAGACCUAUGCAACCUGGCAGUGUCCAUCUAUCCUCCAAGAGAUGUUUUGAAAUCCUUAGCCAAUGGCAAGUUCUCUGAAAGAGAAAUCUGACUUUUAAGCAUUGAGUUAAUACUUCAGAUUUACACAACUGUUCAGAAAGGUGUGAAAAGCUGUUCUUUGAAGGAAACUCUGGCUAUUGCUGUAGUACUCUGUACAAUAUUUAAAUAUGAAAAAAUACUUUUUCAGAUGUUUAUAUUUCAUUCCUUGACUAUCACAAUGUUUAAUAAAUUGUAUGUAUAGGAAAA